AUUCUAAUUACUGUACCGAUAACGGUGUGAUUGAACUUUUCUGUGCCUUCAAAAUCAAAGCCGUCAAAGCCGGUUAAAUCAUGAUACGGUGAUAUCAAAGAUCAUCAAACUCAACAACAAUGGAAUCAUCAAAUACUCCAGCCGCAGCUGUUGGUCAAAAGAGGAAAUAUGUUUCCGAAGACUUGACUAUUGGGUUUAUAGGGGCUGGCAAAAUGGCCCAAGCAAUAACAAAAGGUUUUGUUACCUCAGGAAUCAUAAAAGGAAAGAACAUUACACUUUCAGAUGUUUCAGCAAGUAAUGCAGAUCCCAGAAUGCUUCAGUUUGUUAAGGAAUUUGGAGUAACAACAACACAAGAUAACAAAGAAGUUGUGAAUAAGAGUCAAGUUGUGGUUAUAUCUGUCAAACCCAAUGUUGUCAAUAAAGUACUCAAGGAGGUUAAAGAACAGGUGACAGAGGACAAAAUAGUUGUAUCAAUAGCAGCAGGAGUACCACUCUCUACAUUUGAACAAAACUUGCCUCCUGGUUCCAGAGUUGUUAGAGUUAUGCCAAACAUUACUGUCACUGUACAGGCAGCAGCCUCAGUGAUAGCACCGGGUACCAGUGUCCAGCUAAACGAUAGUGAACUUGUAAGGGAACUUUUUCAGAGUAUAGGAAUAUGUGAAAUUGGAUCUGAGAAUCUAUUAGAUGCAGUGACCGGCCUAAGUGGUAGUGGUCCUGCAUAUGGAUUUAUUGCAAUUGAAUCUCUAGCUGAUGGUGGUGUAAACAUGGGACUCCCACGAGAUUUAGCAUUGAAACUAGCUGCUCAGACUUUAUUGGGAGCUGCUAAAAUGGUUUUAGAAUCUGGUAAACAUCCAGGACAACUAAAGGAUGAUGUCUGCUCACCAGGAGGAACCACUAUAGCUGCAGUUCAAUCUCUUGAGAAGUCUGGAUUUAGAUCAUGUUUAAUUGGUGCUGUUGAAGCAGCAACAUUAAAAGCACAAGAACUUGGAUCUAAAAACAAAUAACAGUGUUAAUGUUUUGUCUAACAGUAACAUAUCCUUAUUUUAAUCUGGAACUAACCAUGUAACAGUGAACAUAAACUUUAACAAGACAUAACAAAGUUGAAAUCCUUGUUUUAUACAUGUACAUGUAUGUUAUAUAUUUGUGAACAUGAAAUCAUUGACAUUGUAUUGUUUUAAAAUUCAUAUAUUGUUAUUCAUUUUUAAUAGCACUGUUUGGUCAAAGACUAUUCAACAUGUAUAAAAAUAAAUAUAAUGGUAUAUUGCA